AUUUUCACAGUCCAGAAACAGCACCACUCUUAAAUGGAUCAAGUCAGGACCGAAUGUUCGAGACCAUGGCUGUGGAAAUUGAACAGCUGCUAGCCAAGCUCACAGGACUGAAUGACAAAAUGGCAGAGUACACCAAUACAGCAGGAGGAACGUCACUUAAUGCAGCAUUGAUGCAUACAUUACAGAGACACAGGGACAUUUUGCAGGAUUACACACACGAGUUUCAUAAAACCAAAGCAAACUUCACAGCACUUCGAGAAAGAGAAGACCUCUUGGGGUCUGUACACAAGGACAUUGAGUCUUUCAAAAGUGGGACAGGGGUAAACAACAGAAGAACAGAACUAUUCCUGAAAGAACAUGAACACCUUCGAAACUCAGAUCGCCUUAUGGAAGAGACUAUAAGCAUUGCCAUGGCAACGAAAGAAAAUAUAAUGUCACAGCGAGGGCUGUUGAAGACAAUACAGAGUAAAAUGAACACCUUAGCAAAUCGGUUUCCUGCAGUCAACAACCUGAUCCAGAGGAUAAACCUAAGAAAACGGCGAGACUCAUUAAUUUUGGGUGCAGUGAUCGGGAUCUGUACAAUUCUAUUGUUGUUAUAUGCCUUCCACUGAUGGUUCACCACCACUGUCUUUGUUUCUCAGACAUCCUUCAGCCUUGGAUGUUGUCAGAUGCCCUGAAACCCUAGGCUGUUUUUCGUUCAUGAGGAGAUGCCUUGGAUCUGGAUUUCUACCACUGACUACACUGUACUGUUCUUAUGUGAAAGGUGUACUAUCCGCUUUCCAGAAUCUUCUCAUUGGUUUCCCCAAAU